UUUGCCGGUCGUAAUCAAAACAAAGUGUGUGUCUGUGUGUGAAGCGUUGCGAAACAGAACGAUGCUUCGGUUGCGAACAUUUUAUCGCACUUUUUGCCAAAAGGUAGCGAAAGAGAGUGCAACAAGCCCAGACGUUGCUCGGUUAUAUGCACCCCAUAUAGGUGCCGAGUACCGAGUGGUGCAGAAAUGGCUCCUCAACAACCCAGCACUGCUCGAGCUGGAUCAGGAUGAAACAGUAAAGAAGCUGUGCUACCUCAAGUACGUCCACGUAACACCGGACGAAAUCUUGGAACAGCCCCAGGUGCUUUUCAAUCAUCUCAUUACGCUGGAAAAUCGUACCACAAUCUUGCGCGAGUGUGGAUUAGUCGAGGGUCUCACGCUGAAUGCCAUCGGCAACUAUCUGAAGCUGAUACGCAAGAGCAUUGUGCUGCUGAAGCGCAAUCACUUGAUACCGAAGGAUUUGGACAUGUACGAACAGCUGAAGCGUCAGUUCGAAUGUGCGGUAGAGCCGAAGCUACAGUGGGACGAUCGUACGCUGCUGCAAGAUAUGCGCAUACGGUUCUUCAACGAAUUUCUUACCAAACGGCUAGACUUUGGUGCGGCCGAGCUUGAGAAGCUGUGGAAAUCGUACUCGAAAAUCAAGCACAAAAGCUUCGGCCACACGCAGCGCGUCAUUGACAUCCUGCAGUACGAUUACAAGUUUAGCCGCGAUAAGCUGGUCGCCAACAUGUACCUGCUGCACGCGGAUCCGGAAAAUUUGCUGCGCUUCCCGGUGGAGGUACCGACGAUCGGUGGCAUCGAGCUGAAGGAGCUGGUCGUUCGCAAUCCGAAGAUUAUGAUGGUAAACCACAGCUCGGUGAAGCAGGUGAUUGGCAUUUUGAAACAGUUGGACAUACCCGACGGGGAAGUGCUGAAGAGUUUGGCCCUUUUCACACUCUCGCCGAAAACGAUAGAGUAUCGGCUGGAACGGUUGAUGGCGGUGAAGGAGUUUGAGGUACUGACGAAACAUCCGCGCGUGUUGCGGUUGAUACAGUACCACACGAAGGCCGCCUUACGGUUGGAGUAUCUGCAGCAGCUGAAGGUGCGGUGCGCUUCGUUGGAUGUGCUGUCGAGUAAUUCGCAAAACUUUGAAAGGUACGUCCGUGAAGGUUGUGACAAGACGAAGGGCAAAGAUACCGGGCAUGUACUGAAGCACAUUUUUAAGGAACGUGGUGAAGCCGCCCUGAAGCUUAUAAAGCGCCAUCCCAACUGGUAUCACGUGCCGGUACUGCAAAUGCAGGAAACGGUUGACGCGUUGCUGAAGAAAAAGUUCACGCUGGAUGAUAUUUUCAACAACAUCCACGUGCUCCUGUAUCCACUGAAUCGUAUAGAAGAGAAACUUACCCUACUACAAAACGGUGACCCGAAGCUACAGGACGAGCUCGGUGUGGAGCUGUAUCGGGCAAACAAAACGCAGCUGCUCGCGCUGGCAUUGUACUUGGUCGAGUUGGAUUUCCACUUUACCGGUGAUGGUGUGUGGCCGGAACAGGUACAGCAGAGCGAUUCGAGCUCCACGAUUAACGUGGAACUGCCGAGCAGUUUAAGCGGCGAGUACAAGUUUGGCAAAAAGCCACCCAGCGCGAACAGUUCCACGUGAUGGAAGGCGGGAAGUAUUCCCGUACGCUGGAGACCAAAAGAAAUCGAAUGUAAGCUUGUGCACGGUGAAGGUAAAACCGAGGUAUGUACAAAGGAUUUAUUUCUUACAGGAGCAUGUUGUUAGAAGACGGUUUAAAAUUAUAUUCUUUAAGAAUACUUUAGCCGUACUACCUCAAACCUUAUAGCAGGUAUUAGCUUAAACAUGCAUUUUAUAAAACAAAAAGUGUAAAAAGAACUUGAGUUAGUGAGAUAGAUGAAUGUUUUUCGUUGUGAUAUUUGUAAGGAAAAACGCGGUUAAAAAAUUAAUACCAUUAGCUGGUAAGCUCACGUAAAUUGA